AUGGGUGCCUGGGGCGGGCGGGACUUCUGCAGGGAGGGUGCUGAGCCUCGAGGAUGUGGUCAUUUGGCCCAUGAGAGUGAGCUGUUGGAAGAAACCAUAAACGCAGUCCGACACAAUGGGCCGCCCAUCACCAGACAGGUUCAAGACAUGGUUCUAGGAACAUUUUCAAAGUUUCUGGAAAGCUACAAGGACGAGGCUGCACGCUUCAUCCAGCAGAACGCCGGUGACCAGACCUUCCCCGAGCUGCACGUGCUGGAAAACUGCUGCAUCCUCAGGAACACAUGGGAGUCGCUGACCCAGGCCCACGUUUCCCCGUCCGACUUGGACCCAACUGUGCAAGGUGACAUCAGAUUUAUUGAGGACCGUGGCCGGGACCACCUCCUGCCUCGAGUCAGAGCCCUGUGCCAGAGUCUGCUAAGGGGUCACUUUGGGAAGAGUGACAAGGAUCUGGUCCAAGCUCUGCAGUCCCUGUGGCAGGGCCUGAGCCGCUGCACCAUCAUGCACUCUACUCCCACAUACGAGAGCCUUGUGCGAAGUCUGCAUAUGGUGGUCUUCGGGGAGUACGUCCAGGCCCUGGCCGCCCAUGUCAGGACGCUGGGGCCCGGGACGUCAGGGCACCUCAGUGCUCAGGUGGAGAUGGACAUCUGGAUGCUGAACGACGUCUUCAGGGUGCACAGGGACCCGGGUUUGGACGAUCUACAGCAGCCCAUCCUCCAGCUCAGCAAGAGUGAGGGCAGAGAGACUGUGGAUCAGCAGCUGGCCUCCUUCAGUGACAGGUUCCCCGGUUAUCUGAGGUACGAGGCAGAAUGA